UGGCGAUGGAGUCAAAAGCACUCCACUGUUAAUCAAUAAAGCAGACACAUGUGCAAAAAAGAACAAAACUUGCACUUACAAUUAUGUUCCUCAAUGUUUCUAGAACAACAUGGACCUGCAAUCGUCAACCUUUUAUCGCACGCUUGUAGGUACUUAAAAGAGAAGACACUAUGAAUAUAUGGAUAAACCAGCAAUAAUGAAUUUGAUUAAGAACACGACUUAUAUCUAUACCAUAUAUAAGUUUGGGGAGUGGUGACCCACAAUCGAGUACAUACAAGGAAGUACUCACAGCAUAUACAAAAUAAUCUUACCAGUGAUAUCUUAACAUUAGUAAUAGAUGCAGCUGGUUAAGAACACAAUAGAUGCUUAUAAAAGAUAUACAAGUACUCACAAUUACUAUCCUAACCAUAAUUGACCGAUUACACUAAUUACGGCAACUGCUAGAUGUGGAAAGGAUGGAGAGGAAUAAUCGAGUAUUGCAGACAUUUGCAUUGCCUAAGCAUAAAAAAUACCAUCUCCGUAUCAAAAUAUAAGAUUUUUUUAAGGCAAAACAAUGAUAUAAGUAACACACAUGCAGCUGGUUAGGGCACAUUAUGACAGUAAUGUGCAUAUAUCAAACCAUUUUGGCUCGUUUAUCAUGAAGAGCAUCGGCAAGGUACUUCGUUAAUGCAGGGGGUCAAUGAGGAAGGAAAGCAUUUAUUAUAGUCUAGUUGGAACAGUGUGGAACUUUUCUUCUUGGACCUCUCCACUUCUCCUCUCUCUCUCUCUCUCUCCCCCAUCUCCUGCUAGAAAGGUUUUCUUUCCCCAAAGUCCGGCCAGCCAGGAUGCAGGGCGCCGCCGCCGAGGGGAGGAGCAGGGCUUCGCCGGACCAGGCCGACGAGGGGAGCGCCAAGAAGCCGCGCCUGGACAUGCCCGACGCCCGCGUGAAGCAAGAGCUCGUCGCCGGAGGAGGGGAAGGGAGCCCCAUCGUCGCGGCGGCGGCGGCGGCGCCGUACAGCCUGAGAGAGGAGCUCGCCGUGAGGAUCGACAAGCGCCUGCUCCACUGCCACCUCUGCACCCUCCCCUUCAAGCCCCCCGUCUUCCAGUGCAAAGCCGGGCACCUGGCCUGCGGCGUCUGCGUCGCCCAGCUGCCCUGCGGCCAGUGCAAGGCGUGCGUCGACGGGGGCGGCUUCUUCGACCCCUGCCCCGCGCUCGACGCCGUCGUCUCCUCCACCCGGAUCGAGUGCCCCAACCCCGGCUGCACCAGGUACGUCACCUACCACGAGGUCGCCGACCACCAGACCGCGUGCCCGCACGCGCCCUGCCGCUGCACGGAGCCCGGCUGCGGCUACGUCGGCGCGCCGCAGGCGCUCGCCGGCCACCUCCACACCGUCCACUCGGUGCCGGUGCGCGCCCUGCAGUACGGCAAGGCCAGCCAGCUCCGGCUCCCGGUCUCAACGCCGCGGCUCGUGCUCCUCGGCGACGACGACAACCGCGUGUUCCUCCUCACCGUGGGCGCGCUCGGCGCCGGCGUGACCGCCGUGUCCGUGGUCUGCGCCAGGGCGAGCGCGGCGACGCGGCCCCGGUUCGCGUGCAAGAUGUGGGUCAACCUGGUGGCGGCGAGCUGCGGCAAGGAGGACAUGGUGCUGGUGGACAUGCACAUGAGGAGCAGCUCGUCGCCCGGCGCCGUGGUCGCCGCGGGCGAACCCACGUUCCUGGUGGUGCCGCCAAUGUACCUGGUGCCAGCAGCAGCAGCAGGGGACGGGGAUGGGGCUGCGUCCAUGGAAGUGCCUCUGCACAUCCGCAUCGACAAGCUCUCCCCUUGGUCCGAUGCAUUGGUUUGAUUAGGUCCAGCACUCCUGCGAUGCACUCAAGGCAGUUCGUGGUUGCUUAGUAUUUUGGUGUUCCAGCUUAAACUAAGUAUUUGGGUCAUGUUAUAAUUAGGGGAUGCAGUUCAUCUUUGAUGGUAGUCCUACCUAGUAGUGAACUUUAAUAUCAUUGUAGGGUACUUACCUAAAUCGGAGGAUAUUAUGCUUGGUGCUAAUCCUGUGGUGAAAUGCAUCUUCUUCCGG